AUGGCGCCACCAGUACCACCCAAAAGAAACCCUUACGUGGAUGGUUACCCAAGGACCCCGCCUCUAGUCUAUCUCCCAUUCAGGCUGGAACAUACGCUGAUGACUUGCAUCCAAAAGCUUUUAGAAGAGACCUGUUUCCAUUUCGCCGAGAAAUGGAUACCCGAUCUACUGAGAAAACAAGGCUGGGAUACACCGGAGGCAGGCGAACUCAACCACUGGUGGGGAGCUUUGAAGCACAGCCAAGUACCCCGGCAUGCCGUCAACUUCCAGUCUAGCGAUGAAGUGGAAUAUCUCAUAGUUCGACUGCAUCAGGUUAGACAUGCGGCUGUUCAUCGACUGCGUUCUGAUGAAAUUAUCAAGCGUAUGCUCAAAGACGCUGUUGAUUUUGUGUCGGGAUUUGGCGACGAGCUACGCAGAGAUAAGCUUCGGGAUAUCGAAGUAGCAGUGCUCACUCAGGACCAUAACUUGAUCGAUAGAGCUAUUGCUAAGCCGUUGCAGGAUUUCCAACCGCUCGGCUUCGGAAAUCGUCCAGUUGCUAACGAUCCACAACAGGGUAUUGUCCCUCGAGCAGAAUACCGGCAACCCCCAGAUGAUCAACCUAGAUUCCAAUCGACUGCUGCACCAACUGUUCCUAUUUUCAGACAUGCUGCUCCGCAAAAGCCAUAUGCCAACUGGGAUUCUAUAUAUAGUCGACAGGCAGUUGACCGACAAGCAUUGAAUCAACAAACAUUGAAUCAACAAGCAUUGAAUCAACAAGCAUUGACAUUGAAUCAACAAGCAUUGAAUCAACAAACAUUGAAUCAACAAACACUGAAUCAACAAACAUUGAAUCAACGAGGAUUGGAUCAACGACUAUGGAAUCAACAAGUACUCAACCGACAAGUACUUGAUCGACGAGCAGUUGAGCGAGAAGCAUUCUUUCAACAAGCACUCAACCAGGUAGCAUUCAACCAGCAAGCACUCAAUCAAGAACCGGUCAAGCAAGAACAAGCCAGAGAGCAGACAGACAGUCAACAACUAGCUACCCACCCAGAGAUUCACUCCAAAGGUUCACUGGAAGCCGUGACCAAUAACAAGCGCCGGCUAACGGAGCCAAUGGACAUCAUCGAUCUGACCAUUGAGUCUGGACCCGAAGACGAGAAUCAACGGCCGACAAAGAGAAUCAAAAAGGAGAUCAUCGAUCUGACCGACUCGGCAGACGAAGCUGACGUUUAG